CUUCUUUAGCACACAUCAUACUUGAGUAAAAUAACUAUUUUUCCACAGAAUCAGUUAUAAAAAGAAUGACAAUGCUAUGAGCUGCUUAGUUUCCUGGUCUCAUCAUAGAAAGGCUUGUAAACAUUUUUGGAAAGAGUGCUGGCUGGCCUGCUCAUACUUAUAUGAUCAGUUUUGUGGUUCUGCAGGAUCGAAGUAGCAGAUUGGCUAGUGAAGAAUGCUUUCGGAAGGAUAUCUCAGUGGACUUGCCUACUGGAAUGACAUCCACUGGAAUUGUGCAUCUUAUGGUGAGCAGGUAGCUGGGGAACAGGAAGAGGACACGAAUUCUAUUGCUGCUCUUUCCUAUUCCUCUGUGGAUGAAACACAAAUACGAAGUGUUUACGUGAGCUGCAAAUCCUCUGACAAGUUUGUUUCGACAGUGCAUUCAAGAGAGCACCAACACAACAGAAGUCAGGGAGUCACAGUGCUGCAGACAACCCACAAUCCUGUGUUUGAAAGCCCAAAUCUGGCGGCAGUUGAAAUAUGCAGAAACCCCAGCAGAGAGACCUUCUUGGUUCCAUCUUCCUGCAAAAGUAUCUGCAAGAAUUAUAAUGACUUACAUAUUGCAGGAGGCCAGGUGAUGGCCAUUAACUCAGUGACAACAGGUUUUCCCUCUGAAAGCAGUUUUGAAUGUGGUCCUUUGCUGAAGUCAUCUGAAAUUCCUUUGCCCAUAGAGGAUUCUAUUUCUAUUCAGCCCAAUGACUUUUCCCAAAAACCUAUCCAGCGGUAUUCAUCUUACUGGAGAAUAACCAGCAUCAAAGAGAAAAGCAGCCUGCAGAUGCAGAAGCCUAUUUCAAAUGCAGUGCUGAAUGAGUACCUGGAGCAGAAGGUGGUGGAGUUAUAUAAGCAGUACAUUAUGGAUGCUGUGUUUCAUGACAGUUCUCCUACCCAGAUUCUGGCAUCUGAACUCAUCAUGACAAAUGUAGACCAAAUUAGUCUUCAAGUGUCUAGAGAGAAAAACCUAGAGACCUCAAAAGCCAGGGAUAUAGUUAUUAGCCGUCUAUUACAGUUGGCAUCAACUGAAAUCAGCACUCCUAGUCUCCAUAUUUCUCAGUAUAGUAAUGUGAAUUCAUAGAAAAGAGGCUUUCAUUCCUCCCAAGUAUUCAAACCCAAAGCAAUACUUUAUUCAUUUAUUCAGAGAAUAUGUAGGAAGGGAUGAAAGGGAGUUAACGGCUAGAGAAAUGAAGAUUAGAUGGAAGAUAGUUGUGAAUAAGCUUUGAGAAAUGAGUAAGAGACACCAUGAGGAAUUUUCAGAGACAGCUUUGUACAACAGCAAGGCAAAAAUAAAAGUGAUAAAAAAGAAAAUAUUAUGAUUUACUUAAAGGAGCAUAGAAAUUGGAAAAGACAAAACUACUAAGGAAUAAACACUGUGAUGAAACUAAAAAGCAGAAAGGUUUCAUGUCAGAGACUUAAACAUAUGUUUCUUAUCCAAACAAAUUCCUCCAACUGGUUUUGUUUUGAAGGAAAAGGAA